UACCUCUCAACCAACAUGUCCUUCUCUGUAGGGGUCAUGUCUGCCGCGUACCUCUGCAAGGGGGUCUCAGGUAAACAUGUACGUUAUUUAUAUUUAAGUAGCAUAAGAUUAAUGGGCAGGGUGCCCUGGGUGAUGCUGCUCCCAUACGCUCUGUGUCAGGUGCUGGGAGCUUACCUGGCCUCUGGCCUGGUCUUCCUGGUCUACUAUGAUGCUAUCAUGGACUUCAGUGGAGGGAAUUUGACAGUGUAUGGGGCUAAUGAGACCGCGUCCAUCUUUGCCACCUAUCCCUCCGACCACCUAUCUCUCAGCAGCAGCAUCCUAGACCAGGUGGUGGCCACUGCCAUGUUGAUGCUCUGCAUCCUCCCAUUGGAUGACCAGAAGAAUAGUCCUGCCCCCGACGCUCUGAUCCCGCCCAUCGUUGCCGUGGUAGUCCUGGGGAUCGGCAUGUUGAUGUCGUCCAAUUGCGGCGGAGCGAUAAACCCUGCCCGUGACCUGUGGCCACGCCUCUUGACACUGACCGCCGGCUGGGGCACUGAGGUGUUCACGUGUUUUAACUACUGGUUCUGGGUUCCCAUGAUGGCUCCUCUGCUGGGAGGGAUGGUGGGCUCUGGGAUGUAUCUGGUCUUCAUCGCAUGGCACCUGCCCGACCUUCCAAUGAACCCUCCCAUAGACAGCUCCUAUAACAAGCCCACCACGGAGGUGUGGAAGCAGCCCCCAGCACCAGAGAAGGAAGGGGUGGAGUUGAAAACUGCGGUUUUCUAG